AUGGAAUCUUUACCAUCAACUAGUUCUUGUGGACCUUCCUCAGUUCAAGAACCAUCAACUAGUGCAAGUUCAACAGAAAAUUCUCAGAAGAAACCCGGUAAACCAAACUACAUACUGUGGAAUACACUCUUUGGACACAGAAGAGCUGUAUCCGCAGUAAAAUUUAGUCCUGAUGGAAAGUGGCUCGUUAGUUCAUCUGCCGAUAAAACCAUGAUAAUUUGGGAAGCUUAUACUGGAAGUUGUAAAAAAAUAAUUCAAGGACAUUGCUUCGGAAUUUCAGACGUAGCAUGGUCUAGUGAUAGUAAGCGAUUAGUUUCUGCAUCCGAUGAUAAAACUUUGAAAAUGUGGAGACUCAGUACGUCUAAAUGUUUAAAAACUUUUGAAGGUCAUCUGCAUGUCGUUUUUUGCUGUAAUUUCAAUCCUCAAGGUGACCGUAUUGUUUCCGGCUCAUUUGAUACAACUGUCAAAAUUUGGAAUGUUAAAACAGGGAAGUGUAUGAAAACAUUACAUGCUCACGCUGACCCUGUAACCGCUGUUGAAUAUAACGGAAAUGGAAACUUCAUUAUAUCUAGCAGCUAUGAUGGAGUAUGCCGUUUAUGGGAUGCCGCAACUGGAAACAAUUUACAAACUCUUGUUGACAGGGAUGAAGAUGAUAUUCAAAUACCGAUAUCAUUUGUUAAGUUUUCUCCUAAUUCGAGAUUUAUUCUUGCCACAAACUUGAACAGUACUAUUAAGUUGUGGGAUUAUGCCAGAAUGACAUCUCAGAAAACUUAUACAGGUCAUACUAAUGAGAAAUACUGCAUAUUCGCUAAUAUUUCAGUCACAGGCGAGAAGUUGAUUGUUUCCGGGUCAGAAGAUAAAUUUGUUUACAUUUGGAAUUUACACACACAAGAAAUUGUUCAAAAGCUUGAAGGACAUACAGAUGUGAAUGACAAACAGAUGAAAGAAAAUUAUUUUUUUUAUGAUAUUUCUACGAAGCGACCCAACUAUUAUUUGCUUUUCUGCGAUUUGAGUUUAGUUUUAAGUGGAUCAAAUUAUAUUUACGUAACUGAACUAAAAAAAGUUUAUAAAUUACAUUAA